AUGCUGGGGAUGAAGAUGGUGGUGGACUCCCUGCGUGGACGGAGGAGGAGGCUGCCCUGCUCCCUCUGGUUCCUCCUGCUGUUCGCCGCUGGAGGUCUGGUUCUCUUCAUCCACCAGCGGGACCUUUCAGAGAUGGUCCUGCAGCAAGGCCCAGGCGUGAAGCUUAGAAGCUCUCCACGGCAGUCCAGAGAGACUCUUUCUACGCAGGACAGAGACAGGGGCAAGUCUGACAAUUUUCUUGACCGAACCGAAGACAUCUUGUCCAGCCCGAUCCCUCCGAUGCAGUUCCCGCACUUUGAGGCAAGUAAACAGACGGCCACCCCCGGGUCCAGGGAGCAGAAUAGACAGGCUUCCUCCCCAGGAUCUCGGGAGCAGGACAUCACCUCCGUCCAUGUCUCCAAAAGACAACGCAAACUGCUGAAAACAAGUCCCCCAAUCCACCACACCACGGAUAGCGAUUCCUCGUCUUCUUCUUCCUCGUCGUCAUCCUCCUCCUCGGUUUCCUCCCCUUCUGCCUUGGGCUCCUUCACUCCUGACAGGUGGAAAAAGCUCGCCGACAUUCAGAUAGCCCGCCGGCAACUGAUGAAGGAGAUGUGCGCCAAGUACAAAAGCAGCAUCUCCAAGACCAUCACGGCUCAUCACGUGAAAAACCUCUUUGUGGAGGACAAGUACAAGCUGCUGUACUGCCAAGUGCCCAAGGCGGGCUGCUCCAACUGGAAGAGGACACUGAUCGUGCUUGCGGGGCUGGCGUCCAAUGCCCAGAGCAUUCAACACGACACAGUCCACGAGGGCCACUAUCUCAGGGAGCUUAACACCUUUGACCGAAAGGGAAUCAUGCACCGUCUGGAGACCUACACUAAAGUCAUGUUCGUUCGAGAGCCCUUGGAGAGAAUGGUGUCGGCUUACAGGGAUAAAUUUGAGAAUCCUAACAACUACUACCACAACCUGUUCGGGAAACCCAUCAUCUCAAAGUACAGGGCGAACCCGUCCCCAGAGGCCUUGAAGACGGGCAAUGGGGUCACGUUCAAGGAGUUUGUCCAGUACCUGCUGGAUGUCCACCGGCCCGUGGGAAUGGAUAUCCACUGGGACCAGACGAACCAGCUCUGCAACCCUUGUCUUAUAGACUACGACUUCAUCGGCAAGUUCGAGAACAUGGAGGAGGAGUCCAACUUUCUCUUGCGAUUGACUGGCGCACCCCCCAACGUCAAGCUGCCCAGUUUCAAAGACAGGAACCCAGCUGACAAGAGAACCUCCACGAACAUCACACAAAAAUACUUUUCACAGGUAAGCGCGCUGGAGAGACAGCGAAUCUAUGACUUCUACUACACGGACUACCUGAUGUUCAACUACACCAAGCCUUUCAAGGAUUUAUACUGACCGACUCCUAACUCUUGAGCCACAAGUCACAUUCCACAUCUGCAUCAC